CUUAUCUUCAGGCUCCUUGCAGCUACCUGCCUAGUGUUCCUGCUGCUCUGUGAGGCAGGUGCAGCCCCAGCACCCCAGGUCCUCGUCAAGACAAAGGGCAAAAAAGGAGUCCCUGAGCAGGACACAGAGAAGGCCUGGGGAGCCCGAGCUGUGGACCCUCCAGAGAAGGAUGGCCAGCUGCUGCUGCUGUUGCCCAUCCUAGGGCUGAAGCCCGUCGCUGCCAAGGAAGAGCUGCCAGGUGCUAGCACCCAGGCAGAUGCCAAGGACAUCCUGAGCCGUUUCCGGAACCCCAGGUGGGGACCAGAGCCUGACCUGGACGAGCUGUACCACCCCCAGCCUGAGGGCCAGGGUAGGGCAGGACCCCGAUCCCAGAUCUUGCCACGUCGCCAGGUGCUGCAGGGGCCAGAGGAGGACCGGGACCACAUCUACCAUGGAGUGUAG